AUGGACCGUAGUUUGGAAGUCUCCAAUCCUACGAGAAUUAAAGCCAGAGGGUCCCUGGUCAGAAGGAAAAGUGGCAAAUCUGUAAGAAGGUGCACAGCAGGCAGAAAUCCAACAGGCGCAGCAGCCUUUCCAACAUAGCGAUUGUGGAGUUUCUGAGUAAGCAUUUCUGGCAGCAAUGCAGUAAGUCCUGUGGAAAACUACUUAGUGAGUAGCUUAAGAGAUAUUUUUUUAAAGCAGUUUAUAUAUAUAUAUUUAAUUCAUAAAAAAUCUUAACACGUAACAUGCAAGCUUCACAGAAGUCAGUGAACUUACCUCCCAAGUGAGCAGACAUAGGAACGGGGUUGCCACAUAUGUUAGGUGAAACGACCAGCUCCUGCCCGCUGCCCUUCACUGAAGAAAGUUAUCGCGCCGUUCGGCCUUUCCUUCGCCUGCUUUUCCCGCCGCACUGCGCAGGCGCGCGGUUGCCUAAGCAACGGCGGCUUUCCUCGCCGCCUUCUUUCCUCCGGUCGUUCCUCCUUCCGCUGAUUCUGUCACGUUGACGAAACGUGACGUCAAUCACCUCUUGGAAAAGGCGGGAGUAAGAGCUCGCCGAAGGCGCCCACAGAGCUGGACAAGUUGAAGAGUGACAACGAACUUCCCAGCUUCCGGCUCGAUUUAGCCCUAAUUUCCAGCAGCCUGAAAUAACCUGCGCUAGAUGGCGCAGUCUCAGCUCCGUUCACUUCAUUGGGACUUGGGGUGACAGCUCCUACUGUCAUAAAUAGGAGUGUCGUAAAUCAAUCCUCCCUCGGCUUCGGCUCCCUUUCCUCCUCGUGAAAUGUUGGGGUGAUAGUGGCUGCAGUUUUAUAAAGGUUUAAAAAGUCAAAGACCGUCCCCCCCCCUCACAGAAUGAGCAUCGACCCCGUCUUCAGCACGUGAAAUGGCAGCUCUAAACUAACUCUCUGUGGAGAACGCCGAGCAGCCCCGCCCACUCCCUCAGGUUCUAAAGGGCAACGGCGCACUCCGGAAGCGGCCGGAGCAAGUUUGUGUGAUUGGCAAGCGCACUAGGACCCGGGCUCUAAACACGGCUGUUCAAACUGGCAGGUGAGCUUCUUUCUUCAAACGGGCUUGCCGCCUUUUUUAAAAUGCGAGCGCGAGGGGAGACCCGAGCUGGUCGCUUAUAGGUUAUUUUAAAAGGUUAUUGGUUAAAAGGGAGGUCAUGUGAUGUUGGAGAGGGUGGGUGGGCUCGGGAGAGGAAAGGAAGGCGCGCGCAGUUUCUCUCCUCUCACUCCCCCCCCCCCAACUCUUUUAGUCAACCGUUUUCUUUCAGGCGUUGGCUUUUAAAUCGGCGCGCGCCAGCUGGGGUGCGCGGGUGGGGGGAAAUCACGUGAGAGGAGGAGGAAAGCCGGAUUGGUUGGCGCCUCAUGGAACCUGUCGUGGGCGAGCGUCGGAUUCGCUCGAGGGUUGUAGAAGAUAGAGAGUCGCUUGCUUGCCUCAACCGGCUCGCAGCUGCGCAGAGAGGAGACCAUCGUUUUAGACGCGGAUACACCCGCACACGUCCCACUGCAUUAGAAGCGCCCGAGUUACGAUAUCGACGUGCUUUGCAUGCACAGUUUCCUGUUAAAACUGUUAUUCGCGAUAUAAUUGGAUGCGUGGCAAGGCCUUCUUUUUGCACGCUUAUUCACUGCUGCAAGGGCGCUACGACUAACACACGUAUUUUUUUCCUAUUUCCUAUUAUAUUAUCUUUCUGCUGCUUUACGUCCAUUGGCUUUUGACUAUGAAUAUAUAAAACCACUGAAUUAUUUGCAAGGGGCUUUUUUUAAUAGGUGUGUUUGUUUGGGCGGGGGUGGGGUGGGGAAUUAAAACGUGCUUCAUUUUCUCCGGUGAAAGUUCAAGGCAGGGGUAGGCAACCUAAGGCCUGGGGGCCAGAUGUGGCCCAAUCGCCUUCUCAAUCCGGCCUGCAGACAGUCUGGGAAUCAGCAUGUUUUUACAUGAGUAAUAAUAAUAAUUUUUAUUUAUACCCCACCCACCCCAGCCAAGGCCGGGCUCAGAGCAACUUACAAGCAAUAAUAUAAACAAGUUGAAUGAUUACAACUUAAAAACAAAAUUAAAAUACAACAUUAAAAUAUUGAAACAUUAAAAUAUUAAAAUGUAGCCUCAUCGCAGGAGGAGAAGGAAAGGAAAAAAGAAAGGGAGGGAGGGAAUCAAAUUGGCUCCGAGCCAAAGGCCAGGUGGAACAACUCUGUCUUACAAGCCCUGCGGAAAGAAAUCAGAUCCUGCAGGGCCCUGGUCUCAUGAGGCAGAGCAUUGCACCAGGCCGAAGCCAGAGUUGAAAAGGCCCUGGCUCUGGUUGAAGCCAAUCUAACUUCCUUAGGGUGUUGCUAUUUAUGGACCUUGAGGCUCUCUGUGGGGCAUACACGUAGGCGGUCCCGUAGGUACGAGGGUCUUAGGCUGUGAAUGUGUCCUUUUAUUUAAAAUGUAUUUUAAAUAAAAAAUAUUUAUGUAUUUAUUUAAAAUGUAUCUCUGGGUUAUUUGUGGGGCAUAUGAAUUCGUUCAUAUUUUUUUCCAAAAUAUAGUCCAGCCCACCACAUGGUCUGAGGGACCACGGCUGAGAAAAGUUGCUGACCCCUGGUUUAAGGAGACCAUGAAGUGUCUUACUAGCUAGAUUUUUAGCAAGUAGCAUUAACUGAGCGUUGAACAGAAUGUCAAACACACACCCCACCCAAAAGGGAAGGUUCCUCCCCAACCUUACACUUUAGUCAGGCCGAAAACGUAAAAGGCAGCAGGACCUGUGAUAGUUUGCCAUAAUUGCCAUCGCUACACCACAAAGGGACUUGUAGUGCUACAGUGAUACCUUGGGUUAAGAACUUAAUUCGUUCCGGAGGUCCAUUCUUAACCUGAAACUGUUCUUAACCUGAGGUACCACUUUAGCUAAUGGGGCCUCCCGCGCAGCCACCACACUAUUUCUCUUCUCAUCCUGAAGCAAAGUACUUAACCCGAGGUACUAUUUCUGGGUUAGAGGAGUCUGUAACCUGAAGCAUCUGUAACCCGAGGUACCACUGUAUAUAUUUUCAGGAGAAAGCUAUCAUAACAUUGUACAAAGUUUAAUUCUAGAUGUUGUUGUUUUAAAAAGUUAUUAGCCCUUAUAGAGGCAAUGAAAAAUAUGGCUCAGAAUCAAAUAAGUUGUGGGUAGGGAUGCAGAGUUAUUUUCUAAAAUGUCUUAUUUUUAUAUUUUGACAACAAACGGGUAGAGGGGAAUGUUUGGGGAGUUGUAGUGACUGAACAUUUGCAGUAAGCACAAUAUUUAUGGCUCCAUCUGUCAGCAUUAGUCUUGUAAUACAAACUUCAAGAUCAACUCAGGUAGUUGUAACAUAAGCAAGCACUUUCAGCUGUGAACCUGAUCGGUUUAUAUCACAACAGUAACUGUUUUUUGUCUUUUGUAUAACUGCCAGCCACAACUACAGUUGGAACAGAAUUUACUUGAAUUUAUUGUUUCAAGUUGUCUGAAAUUUUUUUUUUCCAUUAUUGCAAUUCUUUCCCCCUGGGAAGCACAUCCAUAGAUUUUCGUUUUUGGUCCUAGCAGUGUUAUAUGGUUUGUGUAUUUAUUGCAGAAAUUUUAUAUUUGUAUCUGGUUUGGAUUUGAUCAUCCUCCUUUAGUUGGGCCUUCUUCCUCUGUUUAGCUUUUAACAGACCUUAAAACCAAGGUGUGGUAGACUACUGAAUCUGGUAUGUGGUCUUUUGGUGAUUGGAUACCAAUUUGUGGAGUAAGAUGGCCUUUUGCCUUUUCUAAUAUGUGGUGCAGAACCUACAUUCUCAGCGGGGUGCUCUGGACAGCUAAUUAAAUGAUGAGUGUGAUGUGUUGCCACUUGCAGGAUAAUGCCGUGUGGUACCCUCCAGGUGUUGUUGGACUCAAGAGCAUAGCCGGGGGGCAGGGAGAGGCAGCUGUCCUCCUAAAUCUAUAAAAAUCAAUAUAAAUGCAUAGCUAACUGAGGUUCUACCUCCCCUAACAAAAGGCCUGCCCCCCCUAACAAAAUUCCUAAGCCUAUGGUUGGCCUACAGCUCCUAGCCCCAGACAACAUGGCUGAUGGUCAGAGACUAUAGGAGUUGCAGUCCAGCAGCAUCUGGAGGGCACCACAUUGGUAAUACAUCUGGUUUCAAGCAUGUAUUGGCUUGCAAAUUGUAAUACUGCAUAUCUCAAGACCUUGCCUGUAUUUUAGAAUUUUAGAGAAUUCUGAUGUGCCUCUUGCUAAUCCCUUAGCAUUCCUUGGGGAUCAUCAAGGGUGUACUGCACAGAAGCCUAUGCAGUACUUCAAACUUCUUGCACCCAUUACUCCCUGAGUUUUUUAAAUACAGAAUUUCUGUGAAUGAAUUAUUUCCUUGCAGAGAAGGACAAUUUUUGUGUGUGUAUGUUUAUAUGGAGUCUAUAUACCUGUAUGUCACAGGGCAGCUUGAGCAUCUGGAAGUAACUUGUCUAGCAGGAAUACCUGUUUCGUCCUUGGCAAGUGACUGACCUAACUGCAAGGUUAUCUUAAAGGCGUAGGUGUGUGACAUGUAUAGCCAUGUCACUAGGAACAUGAGAACUUGUAUCAUGUCCAGUCAGACUGGUCCAUCUAGCUCAGUAUUGCUAUAUACUAGUGACAGCUGCUCUCCAGGGUUUCAGAUAGGAGUUUUUCCUAGUCCUACUUGGAGAUGCUGGGGAUUGAAGCUGUGGCCUUCUGCUUGGCAAGCAGUUACUGUAAUACUGAGCUAUGGUUCUUCCACAUUCUUGGAUACUGAAAUAUUUUUCUGUCAGCAACCCAUCACAUUGCUGUUGCAACUGUAUAUUAACAAGUGUAUGUGCUCUGACAGGUCUAAGAUUACAUUGGUAACUGAGAGCUUAUUCAACUGUUUGGCUAUAUAUCUUGUCCUUAUUCUAUAGCUAGUCUGUUUGAUUUUUCAUACUUCUUUUUAUGGUUGCUGGACGCUGAUAUGCUUCACAAAGGCUGUAUUUGGAUGUAAUGCUAACCAUUGUUUAGUGUUAUGAGAGUGAACCACAGGCUUCUACGCGCGCGCACACACACACACACACACACACACACUUCCUUUCUCUUUGGUAUACCCAGGAAGAACAUCAGAAGUGUUCUUUUCAGAUUAACCACAGCUUAGUAUGUAAACUGAAUCCUAAAUUGUGAUUAAUUUUUACAUUUGAAACAAGCCUACUUCAUAAACCUUGGAACCUAACCCAUCUGUAAGAUGCUAUUCCCUUGUACCCCAAAGGGUGAGUGGAUUAAAAAGAAAGGCUUUUAUCCAGUUUGUUCUACAUUUGGCACUAACUAUAUAGCUAUAUAAAGAAGCAUAUAAACCUUUAAUAAUCUUAAAUUUCUGUCUCCAAGCAAGCAUAUGCAGUUGCUUAGUAUUGCUUAGUAUUGAGAAUAAAGCUGAAAUACUGUACUGCAAGGUAGCUACUGGAUUAUGGUGCAAAGUUCAACUAUACAGGAAUAGAUGUACUAUAAAACAUGGUUUUGUAAAGAAAUAAACUUGAACAUCCACAUUUUAAACAAAAGUUAGUAAUGAAUUAAUUGUUACUAACCUCUCUGUCGUAAUAAGAAGUUGUGAUAAUAGGGAGCAGUUGUUUUAUAAGAUGGCACUGUACCAUCUUAAUCCAUUUGGUAGGAAAACCAUGGGACAGAUAAUUUAUUUUCUUAGGAGUUGUGGCUUGACCUGUCCCCACAUCUCACAGCAAGCAAUGGACAAAAAUGUGGUGGGGGUGGGAGCAAGCCGGACACAUAUCCCAAAGACUUGCAGUCGGCCAAACAUAAUAGGGAAGCCAUGGAAGAAGUAGAAUGUUAACUGAACAUUAUAUUAUUUAUGUGAACUAUGUUUCAAAGAUGAAAUUGGGCUAAAAACAUCUUUUUAGGUCCAGACAUGAAGAUAAGGGAAAAUAUGGGAGUUUCAGAAUUAUUAAGGUGACUAGCUAACAGAGGAUGUUGGGAAGUAAAGAAAUAGCCUAGAGUUGCAACCGAUUUCAGCUGCCACUGGGCAAAGUCCAGUAUUUGGGCUUGGUAAACAGGAUUAUUGAUGCAGUGAGCUUGUGAUAGAAGAGUCAAUGAAACAGAAUAAGAAGCCUAAAACAUUACUUUAGUUUUGAGAAUUUUUCUGUGGACAGGACAUAACAUAGUGAUGAAGCAAAAUACAUUAUCUGUGGUGAUCUUGCAGGGCUGUGACUGCUGUGCCCUUUAGCAGUGAAUGCAUUUUGCCCAGAGGAAGACACUCUUGAAUGAAGACCCUUUACCCAAACAACACUAUAUUUGCUUCCACAGCCAUGAGUGUAUGGCUUAUCUGUUUAAAGCUCUGCUGAGUCCCUCUCCAACUCUUUUAUCUGGAUCCAGCAUCCGGAUCCAGAUGCAUCUUUUUUGAAAGAGAGAGAAAACAUAGUUGCUUAAAAUAAGCUCUCCUCUAGGUUAACCGCCAGCUAUCAAAAGCUAGUCUCAACAGAAAUGUAUGUCACGGCAUCAGAAUACUGCUGACUCUAGAGAACUACAAGGAAGUUCACAGCUGAUAGGUAGCCACUGAAAAAACCUCUGUACAGUGGUACCUCAGGUUAAGUACUUAAUUCGUUCUGGAGGUCCGUACUUAACCUGAAACUGUUCUUAACCUGAAGCACCACUUUAGCUAAUGGGGCCUCCUGCUGCCGCCGCACCGCCGGAGCCCGAUUUCUGUUCUUAUCCUGAAGCAAAGUUCUUAACCUGAAGCACUAUUUCUAGGUUAGCGGAGUGUGUAAUCUGAAGCGUAUGUAACCUGAAGCGUAUGUAACCCGAGGUACCACUGUACUUGAUGUUCAGACACGAUGCACAGAUAGUAUUGAGAUAAUGUUCUCAUUUGUAGUGUGUUUCACAUUGAUUUGGGAGGAAGUCCCCCAAAAGGCAGGUGCUCUAAUCCAAAUUCUUUUAUUUAACCCAGAUUACAUUAUUUAAAGACCUUACUAGUGGAUAUAAAACCAACAGAAAUCUUGUGGUGAAUUGAACUUCAGAAAGACCGUCUUCUUUACAACAGAAUCCCCAUAUUUGAGUUGUAUGCUAGGGAGGAACAUGUAUCUGUUCUAAUAGAUUUCACUUCUGGUUCUUGGAAGACUGGACAUAGCAUGGAUUUUUUUGUGCAAUAUGGGGUCUCAGGGAUAAUGGAGAUGUGAUGAAGUUGCCUUUAGGAUUUUGUACACAUUUUAAAUGUACCUUACUGUUAUUGAUAUGCAUGUCUUCAGAAAUGAUUUGACACUGUUAGCUCCUUGUGGGUUCCUUGACCUAUAAGGCAAGCUAGAAAUGAAGUAAAUAAUGAUCCUGUUUCAGAUUCAAUGUAUCAAAUAAGCCAUCUGAUGUUGGACAGUUGCAGGGGUAGGGGUUGUUAACCAGUCUGUUAAGUACAAUUUAGGCCAGUCUUAUAGGUAUUGCCCAGUGUUAUCACCCCAGUAGUUGCAAUGCUGUUUGUUUUCACAAACCAGAACUUCAUCGUUUUGGAGUGGACGACCGCUGAGAGGAGACUCUAACCUCUUGAUUUCAAAGGGGCCGUGGCUUCCACUGGUGCCUCCCUGGCUAAUGUAAGAAAGGUGUUUUGCCAUAAACGGUUCUGAGGUAUUUGGUGAGGUUGGAGAGAGGUCGGCCUAAGCAGGAAGCCCGUUGUCUGCCCUGUAAAGAAAAUAGCAAGUUACAAAAUGAAAGCAUCAAAGAACCAACAGGAUGCAGUCCCAGGAGUCUCUUCUGGCAUGUGGGUCCUCCUUGAAAGUUAGUACUGAGUGAAGAGUGACCUUAAAACUCACUUUAUUCAAACAGACUAAGCUCAGGUUUAAAGUUCAAGACAUUUUGUUUUUUCACCUGUUUCCUACAGUUUUCAGAAACUUCUGAAGAAUUAAUGUGUAACUAUAUCUGGUCCCUGAGCCAACAGUGAGGACUCUUUUUUUUUUCUUUUCUUUUUUUGCCAAGGGAAAAUAGGAUGCUAUAUUGUAUUGUACGAACCUUUCAGUUCUAACAUGUCUGGAACCACCAGAAUAAUGCACAUAGGAUCUACAUGAAUUGGAAUGAUUUGUCAAAUGAUUUUGAGUACAAUGUAACACUAUCCUUUUGAGACAUUUAAUGUGACUAGGCCAAAAUGAAGGCAUCCAUGGGUGUAGCCUGGGGGGGGGGCAGCUGUCCCCCCCAAUCUAUCAAAACCAAUACAAAUUAAUACAAAUAUGAGGGCCUGCCCCCCCCCCCCGAAAAGCCUCCCCAUCCUCUAAGAAAAAUCCUGGCCCAGUCUCCUGAGAAGUGGCUGAUACAGAUGAGCCAGCAAAAGUGGAGUGCAAACCAAGAAAGUGUUUAUAUGUUGCAAAGACCCUUGUGGAGUGCAGUGUGGCUGUGGCACCCUCUACACAGCAUCACACACCCCACAGGAGUUCUCACUCAGUAAGCCCAGACCACUCACUGUGCGGAGAGAGAAGAUUUUGCCUUAAUCUGUCUCCAAAUGCAACUCCUUACUUGUCCUAGAGAAGUGAAUGGCAACAUUUGCUUAAGGGGAGAGGAUCUACCCAGAGACAUCCCUGGGGAGUACACUGAACCUGCCUCUGUCUGUCUAGUUAGCACCAUCCUGAAUUCUUUAGAAUACUGAGAACAGAUAUGUGUUUUAGUGUACAGUAAGGCUGCAACUUUUUGCAAGGCCCCCCCACGACAUCUACCUCCUUUUAUUUUAUGCCAAGCACAUAAAGCUGAAUGUGUACAAGUUAAAUGCACGUAUGUUGCAAGUGUACUGUACAUGAGGGCCACAAAAUGGAAACCCAAGGCAGAGCUAGGCAAUGGAGAGCUGGCUUGUAUGUCAGUGGCUCUCUUUAAGUUAGGAACAUAAGAACACAGUAAUCUACCUUAAACCAAGGCAAACCACAGGUCCAUCCAGGUCAAUAUUGUCCACACUGGCUGGCAGUGGUUCUUCAGGGUUUCAGACAGUAUAUUUCCAGUCCUGCCAGAUGCCAGGAAUAGUACCUGGGACCUUCUGCAUGCAAAGCAGAUGUUCUGCCACUGAGCUACAGUCAUACCCAGCUCUAUGGGACAGUAUAAAUACACUAAACUGGAACAAAGAGAGAGAACCUACUUUUCUGAAGACACAGGGAUCUGCCACCAGUGGAGUGUAGCCAUUUAUUUUCUCUAGUGUAUGUGAGUCGCUGCCACAUGUACAGGACUGUAUAUAGACAUUCUCCUCCACAUAUACUGCGUCAUACUGCUGCCCUCUGCUAACUGAAAAAUAAGUAAAGGACAUUCAAAUUAGUGUUUUUAAAACAAAAUCAUAUAUAUAUGUAUAUAUAUAUAUAUAUGUGGAAGUAAAUCCCACUUUUCAUUACAUUUACUUGAUAAUAUGUGUUCAUAGGAUUACACUCCCACUAGUUCUGUAAAUGUAAAUCUUAACAACAACCCUGUAAGGUUAGAUAAGCUUUUAUUAUCAUCUUAUUGUGGCAGGUGGGGUUUGGAGGUAGUGGUUUGCUUAAAGCUGCCUAAGAGGUUGUGACAGGUUAGACUGAAACAGUCUUCACACUGUGCAGUCUUGGGUACUAUACCACUUCUCAUAUUACAUAUAUAUACUUUUAGCCAGCCCCUCCAAAAAGAAAUCACAAAUAGAAAUUAACGAUUAAACUAGCUAGUUAAAAUAAAUGUACAGUCUGAAAUGUACAGUUGGCCUGGGUGGGGGAUCCUUGUUGUGUUUGCCAAGGGUGUUCUCAAGUUGCACAAUAUGCCUUUACAUUCUGUCAUUUUUUGCAUCCCCUUUUUAAAAUAUAGUCCUAAGCAAAUCAGUUGUACCAACAAUUGGAUAGGCUGUCAGUCGUAGUUAAAAGAAAUCGCUUGAAGAGAUGACAUACAGAUUUCACUCAUUUUCCCAGGAUAUUAAACUUUAAUGACUGCACUAUGAAUAUUUCAUGACAGUAUCUUUUUGAAUAGGUUGUUUUGUCCUGGAGGAUAUUGUACAUUAUAAAGCCUGAUUUCUCUCUAGGCGAAAUUGGUGAAGUGUUGGAACAUCAACUUUCGAUCUUUGAUUACAAGGAAAAGCACAUUUUAUUUCAGCCAUUGUGAAGCCUGAUGUUGGGGGGUGGAGAGUUGUUUUGUUUUUUGACAGCUCAUAUGAAACUCAGUAUUAAAUACUAUUCUUUAUUUUUGCCACAAGGUGGCUAAAUAACCUUUGAAUGCUAGUGAAAGGGUUGUUUUAUACAAAUGACUGAAGAAAAUGAAGGUUUCAAGGUUAGUCUGAUUUCUUUUGAAAUCAGUCUGUUAACUUUUGAAUAGCAUAUGAAAUAUUUGCAUAGCCAUUAGCAAAAAAUCCAAAAAGCUGCACUGUUGUUAAGGUAAAGGUAAAGGUACCCCUGACCAUUAGGUCCAGUUGCGAACGACUCUGGGGUUGCGGCGCUCAUCUCGCUUUAUUGGCUGAGGGAGCCGGUGUACUGGUCAUGUGGCCAGCAUGACUAAGCAGCUUCUGGCGAACCAGAGCAGUGUACGGAAAUGCUGUUUACCUUCCCGCUGGAGCGGUACCUAUUUAUCUACUUGCACUUUGACGUGCUUUCGAACUGCUAGGUUGGCAGGAGCUGGGACCAAGCAACGGGAGCUCACCCCGUCGCGGGGAUUUGAACCGUCGACCUUCUGAUCGGCAAGCCCUAGGCUCUGUUGUUAGGACCACCUAAAAUAGCACAAAACAGUUAUCAAGUUUUUAUGUUCCCUGCACAGCUAUUCUCGAACUGGGUUGGGGAUCACCAGUGGGUCUCUGAACUGCCAUCCAUCCCAUGGCCAUGCAGUAGGUUUUUGGUUGGACGGAUGUGCCAGCAGCUCCAAAAGUAAUAAUGAUCUAGGAAUAGAGAGGGAAGAUGUUCUAGGAGGAAGAAGUGAAUGUUAAAAAGAGGUUGGGGUGUGAUAAACUGACAAUCUGGGUGUGGACAUAGGGUACGUGUAAAAGUGGAACAUGGGUGGCGCUGAGGUCUAAACUUGCUGAUUGAAAGGUCGGCGGUUCGAAUCCACGCAACAGGAUGAGCUUCCAUUGCUUUGUCCCAGCUGUUGCCAACCUAGCAGUUCGAAAGCAUACCUGUGCAAGUAGAUAAAUAGGUGCUGCGGCUUGAAGAUAAACAGUGUUUCUAUGUGCUCUGGCACUCGUCACAGUGUCCCGUUGUGCCAGAAGCGGUUUAGUCAUGCUGACUGCAUGACCCGGAAAGCUAUCUAUGCACAAAUGCCAGCUCCCUCGACCUGAAGCGAGAUGAGUGCCGCACCCCAUAGGCACCUUUGACUGGACUUAAUUGUACAGGGGUCAUUUACCUUUUUUCCUUGCGUGUAAAAGAGUGUUCGUUUUUAUGAAGUUAUUGCACUUACCAGUUUUUUUGUUAGAUCCCUUUGUUGUUUGGUAUCAACAACAGCAAAAAAAAUUAGAACAGAUUUCACUGCAAAAAAAGGUGUCUAGACAUUCCAUUGUGGCAACUUUAACCUGGGUUUAAGGUGCCAUUUGAUGAAAAGUUUCUAACACUGGUUGUAACUGCUGGAGAAAAUAUGGUCAAAGAGGUUCUCAUCUCUAUAUGUGGUGAGAUUGUCUGCAAGUAGUGACCUACUGUGAUAUGACCUGUAGGGGUGUAAUAAAUAAAUAAACAGGAGGUAACAUUAUGCCCAUUGAUGAUGCUCCUAAAUAUUUGGGAUGGAAAGAACAAAAAUACCCUGCAUAAGCCCUAGAUAUGUUUCAUGUUAGUUGCAGCAUGGAUGGAAUUGAUUAAAAAUUGGAAAACGUUUCACAUUAGGUACCUGGUUGUAAAGGCUAUGGCAAAGAACCAGGCAAUGAAACUGACAUUUAACAUAAAGUUGGCAAAGGUGAUGGGCUACUGUGCAAAGCGGAACUUGUUUGCUGUAUAUAUGAAGGAAUGCCAAUCCAAUUUUGCCAUGCUUUUGCUACAGACUUUAACACUAACCUACAAGAGACAAAUAAGAAUAGAAUCCAAGACAUAGAACAAAAUAACAAAAUAAGAACACAGAAUGUUUAGCAGAACCUUUGCAGAUGCGAGGAACUAUUUCUGAUUUCUUCCUUUAAGAAACUUAUCCCUCCCCCCACAAAAAGUAUAGCUUCAUAUGCACAGUAAAGAAAUUGCUUAAUGUAAAUGAAGCAUAUCUUUUGUGGGCAGAUGCUGUACUUACUAUGGAGAUUUUAAUGUGCAUUUUCAUUUCCCCUUUUUAUAUUUUAACUUAUUAACUCUGACAAGUAACCUCUUGGUUGUGAACAAUUUAAUUCACAAUUCACUUUUUCUGAUUCAAAGUGAACAUGAGUGCCCUAAUCCCCUAAUGGGAAUUAAUUGCAUGUUUCAGUGCUUAACUCUGAUCCUCUCUCAAUUCCCACUGGGACAAGUUUCUUCCUAAAGGGUCUGUGUUUGUUAUUCAAAACACAAUCUGAAAGAUAAUGAUUUUUUUUUCCUCCCAAAGAGGAACUGGAGCAACCCAAUGUUCUUUCCUUUGUAGGAGAACAAGCUGUAGCCUCUUAACCCAUUUGAUGUCAUGAAGGGUAAACAUACAAUGCUGAAAGUGGAUGAAAUAUCAGGGCAAAACAGGGUGGCAUUUUGGAAAGACAGCACCGUGGUUUUGAGAGAAGAGCCUUGUGUUUUCGUAAAAUAGUAUUCAUUUCUACAGCACUGAGGUGUAUAAGAACAAUGUUAAGUCCUGGUGGUCAAAGGGGAUGUAUUUUUUUAAAAGGCAACCCUUUGACCCAGUAAGCUUAAUUUUCUCUUGGAAUUUUUCAGCAGUGCUUUUUGAGUGUGUAAAGGGUUUCACAGAAACGCUGUCAAUUUCCAUAGUGUAUGAGGAGCUGAGCCUGAUAAAUUUUCCCUGCCAACCUUAUUUUACUGUGUUUUAUUUCUAUCUCUGUUCCUCCAGGAAUCUGAAGACAGUAUAUAUGUUACUCUUCUUCCCCUUCUUAUCCUCCCAACAACCUGUGAAUUAGGCUAGGCUAGAGCCAGCCAGUGGCAUAGCUUCAUGCUCCAGCACCGGUGGGGGGGGGCAGAGAGCAGGUGGGGGCAGGGCUGGCACACGUCCUGGGGGGCGGGGUGUGCCGCCUGCGAGGGCAGGGUUCCUAGCGCAGGCGGGGGGGGAGCCGCAAUGGCACCCUGCCGGGUUCACGCUGCUGGGAGCGGUGCGCUCCCCCCGCACUCCUCUUCCUCCGCCAGUGGAGCCAGCGACUGGCCCAAAAUUCCCUUGGUUAGCUAAUGGAGAAUUUGAAUAUGCCUCCCUAGCUAUAGACUAAAACUCUGAUCUUGAGUCCACACUGACUCUCAACUAGGGAGAUGGGAAUGGAACCAAGGACUGCUAGGGUCAUGUUUGUAGGUGCUACACUGGUAAUUUCCAGAUUGUGUGUCAAGAGAGAAUGGCUUGUGAAAUGCAUGUGAAAUGAAUUGUUAAAGGCUUUUGUGAGGCCUACGUACUCCCUGGUAGAGGCAGUUGCUGGGACUCUGCAGGUUCAGACCCUCCAAGUGUCCUUAUUUUCCAGGGACAGUCCCAGAUUUACAGAAGCCGUCCUGGUUUCAGAUUUGAUCCUGGAGUGUCCUCCUUUUCCUUAGGAUGUCCCUCUUUCCAUAAGAUAAAUGUUGGAAGGUAUGGAGUUAUGUGACCCCAACCCAAGGAGAUAAGUAAUUAUACAACCUUUAGAAGACAUCUGAAGACAGCCCUAUAUAGGGAUUUAAAUUUUUUUUAAUAUAUGUUGGAUUAUGAUUAUUAUGAAGAAAUAGGACAUCUCUAUUUUCAUUGGAGAAAUGUUGGAGGGUAUGCAGGUUUCACAAGUAUAUAAUGCCUACUGGAUCACCCCUGUCAACAUGCUUGUAGAUACUAUCUGAGAAAUCUUAAAAAGGUAAGGAAAUCAGGACGUACCUUUGGAGAAGCCAUCUUAAUUUUUUUAGUCUUAGGUUGCUUCCAGACAGACCUCCUUGUGCUAGCCAGGUCUUCUGUUUAUAAUGUUUGAAUUGAAUUUUAAUUGACUUUGCACACUGUUGGGAGUAGUGCACUUUUUUGUUUCUACAUCUAUGCUGUAUCCACACCAGUGCAUGUGACAUCAUUGCUGUGGGUUGGGCCACGUGCUGCCCAGCACAUAUUCACUGCUAACUGUUGUGGGAGUUACUGUUUUAUGAGCCCAUUCUAACUUUUUAAAUUGAGCUAAAAUAAUUUCCCAGUUUUCUCCAGUUUUUUAUUACAUAAAAGUGAGAUAUUUAUGAUGUUACAACAUCACAAUUAGAGCAUUAUGGUGUUAUAAUCAUGCUUUUCCUCAACUGACUGAGGGGGGACACCCAAAUUGGGUCAUUAAGUGACACCCAUCACAAAUGUUCUAAUAUGUGCUAAGUGGCGAUAGGUUCACUUUCCUGAUAGGUCAUGGCCCACAUCAAAGCCACACCCUUUUAACAAGAAUAGUGCUAAAGACAUCUGUACGGGGGAGGCUGAGCAACCCUUCUGUUCUUCUGAAUUUUGAGGGAGUGGGCAUGAGAAAAGACUGUCCAAGAAGACAGAAAAAUUGCAGGGGAAAAACAGGAACACAAUAAUUGGAUGUCUUCUCAGAUAGUAUUUUGUGAAUGCCCUGUAAUUAGGGAGCGAAUGGAGCAUGGCCAUUCCACACAAAAUGACUAGACUGGAAGCACAGUCUCUUCUCUAUUCUAUCACCCUGGCUCUCUUAAUCUUAACAUUCUCUGAAAGUAAACCUCUUGAACCACAAUGAUGAAAUGUUGCUCUGCUUUUUAUUCAGAAAAAUAUGCACUACAUCCUCCCUUAAUAAAUAAAUGAACUGUUAUGAAAGAAUAGGAAAAAAUUGAAUAUGCCUCAUAAUGACCCUCUGUGUAAAGUGAGGGCCAGGUGUCCUGCUCACCUUCUGAAGAUUUUCUGCAUCUGGCAAUUAAAGACCAAACUGCUGUGUUGGGGGGGGGGGGAGAGACUGUCUCUCCUAGCAGUUCAUGACUGAUAGCAAAAUUUGGGGAAGCAUCAGAUGUUCUGGGCUUUAGUUGGACAGAAACAUCAUGAAGGGAGGGAGAAAGGUUCAUCUGGGAGGCAGAAUACUUUGAACAGUAGCCAAGGAAUAAAAUGGAAACCUUUUCAUUACUUUAGUAAAUUGGAGGCUCUUUUGCCCUACACUGGGAAAGCUGUUCCCAAAAUAGAACAUCAAACUAGUCAGCCAGGUGUAUUGCAAAACACUAGCGCCACACUCAUGCCAAAAGCUAGAGUCACAAUCUGUGACAGACAUCUCCUGGUGAGAAACAUCAAACAUUUUUGGAAAUGGUGUAAUGCAAUGAAGGCUAGGUCUUUGGCAGGAUAUGAGCAGUGACCACUGUGUAAGCCUUGCAAAUUUGACUUUUGGGGAAGCUGAAAUUCAACCUCUGCUUUAAAGCUGGAGUAAGAAUUAGGGGCUUGUCUGACCAAGAGCCGAGAAAAUGGCUGCCCUUGGAAUGAGGCUUUUUUCAACCUCUUGCAUCAGCUCCUAGAUGGGUUGGGGUAUAAAAACCCAGUCCCCCUUACAUGGUGAGAUUGAUGCCACUGACCUGAAGGUUGUAAUUGACUAAAGGCUGGCCUUCCCAGAGUGUGUGUAGAGCUCUUGACACUGUCACCCCCAAGUGUCUUGGUUGGCAUUGUGGAGCCUGUUCUACUCUUUGGUAUACCUUGGAACUAAGAGCAAUGAAAAAUGUUUUGUGUGUUUCUUUGUCUCUUUCAGACUGUAAGUGGUCUAUAAAUGGAAAUAAUAAGAAUUAAAUACACUAACCCCAACGGGGUGAGGAUUUUUUGGGAGCAAUAUUUAAGUGACACUGACUUUGUAUCCUUUUCUCUACUUUCAAAAGUGGUGGUGUAUUUCACAUACAAUCCUUUGGUGGCUUAUGGAUUUCCAGAGCUGGACCAGUAUUUUGCUGAAUAUUCCAAACUUGCACACACCCCUCCUGUGAAUUUGUUUUAAUAUCUGUUGGACCCAAGGAGGUAGCAUUGUUAAAAUAACAUACCACCUUUGCAUUCACAGGGAUUGUAAUAAUUGCGUUUUAGAAUUAUUGAUCAUUCAUAGACUUUAUUUUAAAAAUGACUUUUUUUUUUAACAGAUUGCUUCUGAGACAUAUUUAAUACACAGAUUGCAGGGCAGGUACUGUACAUAAUGGCUACAUCAUGUACAUGAAGGCCUGUCAUAACUUUUGGUAAUGAGUAUGUCAACUGGAAUUCGUAUACAGUAACCAAACCAACCACAUACAUGCUCACUUGCAGAAAGAGUUGGGUUGUACAUACAUGCUGAAAACAACGGGAUCCUGAAAAUGGUUGCUUAGAUUAGAUGGCCCUGUUCAUAACGAAUCUUGUGACCGCAUACACUAUUACAUGAAGGAAUUGGACAGUGUGAACUGAUAACUGGAGUGCUUGCUGUCGAACAACAAGCAACUGUUUCUUAUUUUUGCUAUGAUCUUUGCUUUCUUCCUUUUGACACUUGUAUUGUAAAUUAUAACUGGAGUUAGAAAAAUAGCCAGCUUGUAUUCCUUGGAUUGUUUUAAAGCAACCGUAUUUGCUAAAUAUUGCUGUAAUAACAAGCUUUUAAGGAACAAUGUUUACUCAAAGUGCGAUAAUGUAUCAAAGCUUGUUUUUGUUUAUUUCAGUUCCUUUCGUCAGAGGCAUGGUUCGUGUCUUUGUCUACGGGACCCUUAAGAAAGGCCAGCCCAACUACCCGUACAUGAUAAAUGGUGCUAAUGGGACAGCCAGAUUCCAGGGCAGGGGGCUCACAGUGGAGAAAUACCCCCUAGUGAUUGCCGGGAAAUACAACGUUCCUUAUUUGCUGAAUAUCCCAGGAACGGGACACCGUGUCACUGGAGAGAUUUAUGCUGUCAAUGACCAGAUGUUGCAAUUCCUUGAUGAGUUUGAAAGUUGUCCAGACAUGUAUCAGCGAACCCCAGUGAGAAUUGAAGUAGUUGAGCAGGAAGAUGAAAGUAGUCCACCUGAAGGGACGCCAGCUGUUAACAGCAUCCUGGAAUGCUAUGUGUAUAGCACCACCACUUACCAGCCAGAAUGGAUACAUCUCCCUUACUAUGACAACUAUGAUUCCUUUGGGAAACACGGGCUUCCAUAUGUACUAAGGGAAAGCAGAGAUUGAAACUGGAAGGUAAAAGCUGAUAUGGACAUAUUAUCAAGAAGUUGAGUAAAAUCUCUAGCAUUUUUACAGAAAGUAAGCACUAAUGUUUCAGACCAUAAUAUAGUUGCCUUCAAGCCAAUAUUUUGGGGUCCAGUCAGGUUUUCAGACUAAACUUGCCUAGUCAUGCAAGAUGCAUGGAUGGUGUGUCUUUAAUUCUGUAGUUCUCUGUUUAAAACUUGAUCAAGAGGUGGAGGGGGGAAUACUGUUUUGCAAAGCAAAGAUAAAAUACUGCAGUAUUUCUAGCAAUGUACCGGGGGAUAAAGAACCUCCAGCUUACAACAAACUGUUUGCAUUACUGUACAACCUUCACAUAAGCAAGGAAAUGGCCCUUGUAAGAGAUCCAUUAAUCAAGCACUGUGAGACAAAUGAGUUCGCUAAGGGAAUUCUCUUUGCUGAUGCCCUCAAAGUCCAGUCCUCUGGCUUUCAGGUGCUCUAAGUGGGCAUGGAGGGCAAAAAUGAUGAGAGCAUCAGGCUCUCAUUAUACGUGGCAUUGUUCUGGAGUGGCAUUGCUCUGGAACAACAAGUUAAAAACUUAAGAACAGCCCUGCUUGAUGAGAAAAAAGGCCUACUUAGGCCAGCAUCCUUUUGCUCACACGGGCCAGGCGGAUGCCUAUGUGAGACCUACAAGCAGAUCAGAAAGGCCAUGUACCUCUCCUGCUGCUGUUCCCAGCAAGUGAUAUUAGAGGCAUGUUACCUCUGAUCCUGCAGGCAGUAUAUCACUAGCAUGACUACGAAAUCUGUGAAUGGAAAUGAGUUGACAUCAUAGUGCUGCUAGGAGCCAGAUUUGUCAAAUGGGUCUUAAGAGCUCCAGAGAAAGUUAUGGUUCAGGAAUUGGAAAGAACUAAGAAUACUGACUCACAAAGUGAAGUCCAAGUGAUGUGGAGUCCUCUGCAUCUUCAUUUAUUUGUCCACCUUUCUGGACAUCAUAGUUUCUAUUCAUUAAAAAGGUAAAGGGACCCCUAACCAUUAGGUCCAGUCGUGAUCGACUCUGGGGUUGCGGUGCUCAUCUCGCUUUAUUGGCUGAGGGAGCCGGCAUACAGCUAAGCCGCUUCUGGCAAACCAGAGCAGCACACGGAAACGCCGUUUACCUUCCCGCUGGAGUGGUACCUAUUUAUCUACUUGCACUUUGACGUGCUUUCACACUGCUAGGUUGGCAGGAGUUCUAUUCAUUAGGUUUUAGUAUAUUUACAUUCUCCUCCUGCCUGUUUCAGCUCCAUAAAUGACCACAGACUACUGAACAGAAUCAACCUCUUUUCAUUUAUAGCUCAGAAUUUUGAAAUAUGCCAGCAGGGAAGAAGGCAGAUUCUCAAGAAAACUGCAAGAAAGCAGUUUUUAAGGUUGGUUAUAUUCCUUAAGUACCCAAUGUGACCUUGCUGUACAACUGAAGGGCAGAGCAGUUCCUGAUAUUAAUUAGACACACAAUGCUACUCCUACUAUUGUAUUAAUUAUCCUACUAUUUAAGGUUGUACACAUACAAUUGCUCACUGGUGUUCAUGUCUUUGUUUCAGCUUUCUCUCUUAUGCAGUCUAUUCAUUCUUUUGCUUUAAUGUUAGGCUUCCAAGUAAAAAUAAGGUGAUGGCAGAUUGCUUUAAUUGUAGAGUGAUAGUGGUAUAAAUUUUGACAAAAUUCAGUUUAUUAAUCUUUGACUGUAAAUAAUGAGAAAAUUUGUAAUAGAUAUUUUUAAAAUUGUGUACAUUUGUAUUACUUAAAAAACUGCUUAGUAUGAUUUACUUAAAACAUUUGUCAUUAUUAUAGUAAAUUAAAUCUAGAUGUGGGGACUUGCUGUGUAGGACACUAG